AUGAUUUCCCGGUUCUUGCAAGGGGCUCUUUUGACCCUCUCUAUCUCAGCAGUUAGCACUUUGAAGAUCUCGCUCACUCUUAGCAGUCGCCUACAGUCUCGUGCAGCCGACAAUGCCGACCAAAUCCGCGGUGUCAACCUCGGCGGCUGGCUUGUAAUUGAGCCUUGGAUUACUCCUACGUUGUUCGAGGGAGCCGGAGAUGGAGCUGUUGACGAGUACACUUUGACGCAGAUUCUCGGCCCGGACGAAGCUACAGAGAGACUGUCCAAACAUUGGAGUUCUUUCAUUACAGAGGGCGACUUCUCUAGCAUUGCUAAUGCGGGCUUGAGUCACGUCAGAAUCCCUGUCGGCUAUUGGGCAGCAGCACCCAUUGAGGGCGAACCUUAUGUUGAUGGUCAGCUGAAAUACUUAGAUAAUGCUGUUGCCUGGGCGAGAACCAAUAACCUUAAGGUCAUUGUUGAUUUGCACGGUGCGCCGGGCUCACAGAAUGGAUUCGAUAACAGUGGGCGUAAAGGACCUAUUGAAUGGCAACAGGGAGACACGGUUGAGCAAACCCUUCGUGCUAUUGAUGUCUUAGCUCAACGCUAUCUGACAGACGGUGACGAUGUAAGUAUUGAGGCCCUCAACGAGCCUCAUAUCCCCGGCGGGAUCAACAAGGACCAGCUUAAAGAUUACUACGGCAAAACUAUCUCGAUUGUGCUAGAGAAUAAUCCCGGUGCGACUUUGGUCUUGCAUGAUGGAUUUGACGCAACAGAAUCAUGGAACGGUUUCAUGUCUGGGGAUAAUGUUAUCAUGGACACCCACCACUACGAAGUUUUCGAAGGGAGCCAAAAUGCCUGGAGCAUUGACCAGCAUGUCGAUGCUGCUUGCAAAUUCGGCCGUGAACAUCUCCAAGCUGUCGACAAGCCGGUUGUUGUUGGCGAAUGGUCCGGUGCCCUGACAGACUGCACAAAGUAUCUAAACGGAAGGGGCAUUGGAUCUCGCUACGAGGGUUCGCUAGCCUCAGAUGGAGCAGUUGGCCCUUGCGGAACCAAAAGCGAGGGUAGCGUGGCCGAUUUGUCUGAGGAGGAGAUAUCGAACACACGUCGCUUCAUUGAGGCCCAACUCGAUGCAUAUGAGUUGAGGAAUGGUUGGCUGUUCUGGACCUGGAAAACCGAAGGGGCUCCCGGCUGGGACAUGAAAGACCUGAUCGAGAACCGGGUCUUCCCCCAACCCUUGACAGACAGACAAUACCCGAACCAGUGUGGGACUGCAUAG